AUGAAUAUAAUAUAUGUGUUACUGGUGGUAAUUUGUCUCCUAACUGUAUGUGAUUGCAAAUGUAAGACUGGCUACACACAGUGUAACUACAGUAAUGAAUGUGUAUAUGCUGAUCUUGCUUGCUAUGGAUGGAAAAAAUGUCCUGAUAACACAUUCCCAGAGGCCUGCAGAGAUAUUGAGUGUCAAAAAGGGUUUAUAAAAUGCAAUGACCAGCUACAGUGUAUAAACGCUGACCUCGUAUGUCACCUGAAGGAACAUUGUAUCGAUAAAAGUAUUCCAAAAGCUUGUAAAGCAUUUAAAUGCCCUGAAUACGAAGUGAAAUGCUUGGACGGCAAUAAAUGUAUCCACGAAGAGGAACUAUGUGAUGGCAAGUCUUCUUGCCUUGAUUCAUCAGAUGAAUAUAAAGACUUUUGUAGAGGCCAUAAAUGUAGUUGGGGCUAUACUAAAUGUGACGAUGGAUUGCAAUGUAUUCCUGAGAAAAAAAUAUGUGACGGUACAGUCAGCUGUCGAGAUGGAUCUGAUGAAAACGCAGAUAUGUGUUCCGGGUACAGAUGCUUUCGAGAUUGGGUGAAGUGUUCCGAUGGACUUCAAUGUAUUAAACUAGAGUUCCUUUGCAAUGGUGAGGCAAAAUGCAAUGAUGGUACUGACGGUUAUAAUGGAGCAUGUAAAGAUUAUCAGUGUCCACAUCUCUAUACCAAAUGUCCUAGCGGAGGACAGUGUAUUUAUGAGCAACACACGCUAUGUGAUGGCAAACAAGAUUGUGACAAUGGAAGUGAUGAAUCCAAAUACUUUUGUACAUACUACCAAUGUGAACAGCCAUAUAUCAAAUGUCCAAGCGGAUUACAGUGUAUUUACCCUAGAAGAAAUAUUUAUUGUAACGGAAUAGAUGAAUGCGUUGAUGGAUCUGAUGAAGCUGACAGAUUUUGUCGUUAAAGCAAGCCCACUACAGGGAACCUUGUAAGAUUCCGCACAAGGACAGAUACAAAACCCGAUGAAAUUCAUAUAUUUUCAAAUCUAAAUAAACAAA